GGGCAUGGAGCUGGCGGAGCGCGCGCAGGCGGCGCGGGCCAGGGUGCCCAGGGUCGACCCGUACGGCUUUGAAAGGCCCGAGGACUUUGACUACGCCGCUUAUGAAGAGUUCUUCUCCUCGUACCUCGUCAUCCUCACCAAGAGGGCAAUAAAAUGGGCCAAACUUCUAAAGGGGGGCGGUGGCAUCCGAAGAAGCGUGACAGUGAAGCGUUAUGUCCGAAAGGGGAUCCCGCUGGAGCACCGGGCCCGCGUCUGGAUGGCCGUGAGUGGGGCCCAGGCCCAGAUGGACCAAAACCCUGGAUACUACCACCAACUGCUUCAGGGGGAGAGUAGUCCCAGCCUGGAGGAAGCCAUCAGGACAGACUUGAACCGGACUUUCCCUGACAACGUGAGGUUCCGGAAGACAGCAGAGCCUUGUCUGCAGAGGACCCUGUACAAUGUGCUGCUGGCGUAUGCACUGCACAACCCAGGCGUGGGGUACUGUCAGGGAAUGAAUUUCAUAGCUGGGUAUCUGAUUCUUAUAACAAAGAGUGAAGAGGAAUCUUUUUGGCUGUUGGAUGCUCUUGUUGGAAGAAUACUACCUGAUUAUUAUAGCCCAGCAAUGCUGGGUCUGAAGACGGAUCAAGAGGUCCUGGCAGAGCUGGUGAGGAUGAAGUUGCCAGCAGUAGCAGCCCUGAUGGAUGGCCAUGGUGUGCUGUGGACCCUGCUGGUAUCCCGCUGGUUCAUCUGCCUUUUCGUGGACAUCUUACCUGUGGAGACUGUGCUUCGAAUCUGGGACUGUUUGUUCAAUGAAGGCUCCAAAAUCAUUUUCCGGGUAGCUUUAACCUUAAUUAAACAACACCAGGCAUUUAUACUGGAAGCCAGUAGCAUUCCAGACAUCUGUGAUAAGUUCAAGCAGAUCACCAAAGGGGACUUUGUGACUGAGUGUCACACAUUCAUGCAGAAAAUAUUUUCAGAGCCUGGGAGCUUGUCCAUGACAACCAUCACUAGGCUGCGUGAGAACUGUCGGGCUGCCCUGCUGGCACAGGGUUGAGUGCACCUGCAACCCCAAGACCUCUGCACUGCCAGCAAUAGCGUUUCCAGUUGACACUUGACCGAUUCCUUCUGUGUCGCCUGUUCCUGUUGUAAAUACUUGAAAUCAGUUUUGUAGUGAACUUUCAGAUAGAAUGCUCUAAAACUCAUGCUCACUUAUCA